AUGACCGGAUCAGUUCAUGACACAGGCCACUUGGUCGCUUAUUCACAGUUUGAGGAUAGUCGAGAGAAGAAGAGGAGCUGCAAGCUGAACCGGAGGAGCUGCAAGUUUAUUUGGUGUUUGUUGCGACACUUGUUAGGCACAGAAAAACGAGGAGGAGACUUUGAUGAAUGCUUGAGCAGUUGCCGGCGACAGCAACGCCUCCUCUUCCGCUCACCCUCCUCAUGUGGUGCUCUUUCUGCUCACCAACCCGUCGUCGACUCCAUCACGUCGUUGAAGCCGUCCUCGACUGCACGUCCACUUUGCUCAACUUGCUCUCGUCUCAUCUUUCCAGUUGCGCAUGCUUUUACUUCACGUUGCCGUACUUCCCUGCCUCACUUCACUGUACCCCUUCGAGCAGUGUGGACAAUCCAUUCACACCUUUGCUUCAUGAACGUCCUUUUCUACACGUUGAACAUGCACACAAAAAUGCUGCUACACUUUGCACAUCUUCACCUCGCCUGGUUUGCUAAAGCAACCGGAGAUCAUUGUGGCCGCCAGCACUUGGGAGCGAGAAUGAGGCGCGACCCUCCCAGUCUAAGCAUUUCUUGUGUGUUUUGCUCUUUAAAGAGAAGUCCUUAA